AUGUGUUCUUCAAAAGAUCCAGAGAUGAAUGUCCACGAACAAUGGACAAGGCAAGGAGUGGUUCUCCUUUGGCAUCCUUGGUUAAUCGCCAUGAAUCUGCUCCUUGUUCUGAAGCUUUGGUGCCAUCUUCAUAAGCAUCAUUUCAAUCAUGGAAAUCGAAGAUUGGGAAGUGAUUUUCCCAAGUUGCAGUUUAGGAAAAAUAUAUCAAAGGCUCGUUGGAAACAAGAUUUGGGAAUGGCUGAGAUUGUUAGUAAUAAAGGGAAAUUGUGGACAACAACAGGGAUAGUUCGUGGUGGGAAGCUAUAUAGUUUUCUUGAAGAUACAUUGUUUUUGGCAGAGAUAGGGGCAUUGCAUCUGUUAGAUGAUGAGGAUAAAUGUAUUCUACUUGAAGAUAUUUAUAAAAAGGUAGCAGAAUGCCUGUUAAUUUCACAAUUGGGCUGUGGCCCCUCCCGAUUUCUCCAUAGUCCAAUUUCCAAACAAAAGACUGAAGCGACAAGAAGUGAAAUCGACCCAGUUUCUGAGUUCUGUCCGAGGUCCGACAGUCCCCAUCGACCAUCGUCGCUGGUGCGUCGCUCGCUGUCUCCGACUCUCCGGCCUCGCCAAUCGUCAUUUACUGAUCCACCGCAACAGCCACCACUCACCGGAAAUCAGAAUCUGCUCCUUGUUCUGAAGCUUUGGUGCCAUCUUCAUAAGCAUCAUUUCAAUCAUGGAAAUCGAAGAUUGGGCAGUGAUUUUCCCAAGUUGCAGUUUAGGAAAAAUAUAUCAAAGGCUCGUUGGAAACAAGAUUUGGGAAUGGCUGAGAUUGUUAGUAAUAAAGGGAAACUGUGGACAACAACAGGGAUAGUUCGUGGUGGGAAGCUAUAUAGUUAUCUUGAAGAUACAUUGUUUUUGGCAGAGAUAGGGGCAUUGCAUCUGUUAGAUGAUGAGGAUAAAUGUAUUCCACUUGAAGAUAUUUAUAAAAAGGUUGCAGAAGGUGUAGGUGGAUCUUCAUGGGAGUCAUUUGAGGUUUACAGGCAUCUUAAGUCAUUAGGUUAUAUAAUCAAGAGGCAUGGUGUUUGUUGGAGCAUGAAACAUGGUAAAAGUGAAGAAAAAAGUUCUAUAAUGGAAGUUACUGAGUCGUUUAGUAGUAUGGAGAUAAAUGAAGCAAGUAAAAGACUGGUUUUUGAUGUUUAUCCUCCAAAUAGCAAGUUUAGAAAGUCAAAUCCAGGCAAUCCGAUCUUUAUUCUCAGUAUAAUUAGUGGCAACCCACCAACCAAGAAACAGAUUGAGGAACUUGAAGGACAAUGUGAAGGCAUUCCUCUGAAGUUUUGUUAUGUUGAACAUGGACGUACUGAAAAAAAAAAAAAAAAAAAAUUAAAGGUGCGUGGAAAGCCUCCCCAAAGCGUAUAA